CUUGACCUGUCAUGAUCACUUUCAACCUGAGCAGUUACAACCCAGGACCCUUCAUCCUGGUGGGGAUUCCAGGCCUGGAGCAAUCCCAUGUGUGGAUUGGGAUUCCCUUCUGUAUCAUCUAUAUUGUGGCUGUGGUGGGAAACUGCAUCCUUCUCUACCUCAUCGCUGUGGAGCGUAGCCUUCACCAACCCAUGUUCUUCUUUCUCUCCAUGCUGGCUAUGACUGACCUCAUCUUGUCCACAGCUGGUGUUCCUAAAACACUCAGUAUCUUUUGGCUUGGGGCUCGAGAAAUUACAUUCCCAGGGUGCCUCACACAAAUGUUCUUCCUCCACUAUAGCUCUGUCCUGGAUUCAGCCAUCCUGAUGACCAUGGCAUUUGAUCGUUAUGUGGCCAUCUGUUCUCCCUUAAGAUACACCACUAUCUUGACCCCAAAGAUGAUCAUCAAGAUUGCUGUGGGCAUCUCUUUUCGAAGCUUCUGUAUCAUCUUGCCAGAUGUAUUUUUGCUCACACGCCUGCCUUUCUGUCGGACACGCAUCAUACCCCACACAUACUGCGAACACAUAGGUGUGGCCCGACUGGCCUGUGCUGAUAUCUCCAUCAACAUCUGGUAUGGCUUUUGUGUUCCCAUCAUGACAGUCAUCUCAGAUGUGAUUCUCAUUGCCAUUUCUUACGCUCUUAUUCUCUGUGCUGUUUUUCGCCUCCCUUCCAGAGCUGCCCGGCAGAAGGCACUUGGUACCUGUGGUUCCCAUGUCUGUGUCAUCCUCAUGUUUUAUACACCUGCCUUUUUCUCCAUCCUCGCUCAUCGCUUUGGACAUAAUGUUUCACGUACUUUCCACAUCAUGUUUGCCAACCUCUAUAUAGUUAUUCCACCUGCACUCAACCCCAUUGUCUAUGGAGUGAAGACCAAACAGAUCAGAGAUAAGGUCAUACUUUUGUUUUCUACCAAAGGUAUAGAAUAAUGCACAAUAGAAAAGUUAGGAUAAGUGUAUAGUGUAUUAUUGUAGCAAGACUUAUAAAAGCAAACACUAUUGAAAGUAAGAACUGCCUGCAGGCACUUUUGCAUACCAAGAAAAUGGUAUGACCUCUAUAGGAGAGAUGAUUCUAUGUAGAAAAAUUACUUGAUGAGUUGUUUGCUUGUGGAAAUUUUACUAGAUAUGAUCAGGAAAAAGGAGAUGAAAAUACAGAGCUGAGUUAUUCCAAAUGAAAAAAAAAAUUGAAAAUUGAGACUUACAGUUUUGGAGAAAGAAAAUGUGUUAAAUGAGAUAGACACACUGAAGAACAGAGACUAAAAGUAAAAAUAUCAAUCAGAAAUUUCUUAUUUAGGGGAUUAGUAGAUGGAUUUAGGAUAUUUAUAAUAAUAUUUUAUUCUAAUUAGUUUCCAUCUUAUGCUUCAUUGUAAAUCCCUUUAAGUAUCCCAUCCCCCUGCACACAAAACAUUUUCAGUACAAUUUGCUAUAAGCUAUGAUUUCUAUCAGCAGUGUUGUAAUGGAAAGGAGAGAAGUAGUAUAUUUAUCAAUGCCAGGGGUAUUGGCACUGGUACUGGGAGAGGAGAGUAGCUUCCAGGCUCCAAGACACAUUGAGAAAAUGAGCUCCCUAGUUGGACAUAAAAUAAUUGGAGAUCUAGGCAAAGAACUGGAUUUGUCAUUGUGGGUGCUUAAAAAAACCUCUUUCUCCUUCCUCAUUAUACAUAGAUGAGACUUCAAGGUAGUUCAUUUGAACACUGAAGUUAAAAAUGCACUCCAUUGUCCAGAGGACUAGUGGAGUUCUUAUCUAUAGAAUGUACUUUCUUGAUUGUAAGACACAAUUACAAGACACACUUCUGCAGUGAGGAAGGGGAUGAGGAGGGCAACACUGUAAUAAAAUAACAUUCACGGUCAGGUGCAUCCAAAUGUCACAAGCAUUAGAAGUGAGCAAAUACUAUAUGCUAUGAUAAAAAAAGUUAUAGAGUACUGCCAACAAAUUUAAAAAUAUAUAUAUCAUCUGGAAAUUAUUUAUUGAGUAGAUACUAUAUUCCAAACAUUACUCUAAGGAUUCAGAAUAUGAGGUCAAUAAUAAUGAAAGAGGAUCUGCCUUGUUUCUAUGGAGCUUAUAUUCUGGGAAGAGUAACACAUGAGCAGGAAAAUAAAUACAUUCAUUGUUUAAAAUAGUAAUAUAACCAAUAAGAAAUAAAGCUAUGUAAAGUGGUGCACUAAAACUGGAUGAGGAUAACAAUGGCAGAGAGACUAGAGAAUGCAGAGACCCAGGGCUGGAGACAGGUGACAUGAAUGAAAGACAGAAGAGGCUGGUGUGUCUGGCGCAGUGUGAGAUGGGAAUAUGAGAUGAGGGGUGAAGAGGAGCAGGGCCAGAUCCUGUGGGAAUGGAAUCAGCCAAUCUCAUUCUUGGAAGAAGAAACUGAAGACCACAGAAUAUAGUGAGAAUGGCUUUUCCAAGGCACACAGUAAGAAGUCAUACAUGUGGAGUUAGACAGAAUAGAAUCCGUUGGUGCUGCAAGGGUUCAGGAAGUCUCAGUUCGG